ACAGCCGGUAAACAGAGCCGACUGCCAGCGAACCUGUGGCUGGGGGGGACAUGGACCUGCAGUCGCUCCUCCCCGGGUCUGCAGGGGAGAUAAAAGCUGGGGUUCUGGGUGCAUUGCAUGAGCAGGACUGCAGCGUGGAGCUGCAGCUCCAGUGGCCGGUGCCUGGUGGCCGGUGUCGCGGUGCCAUGGCCUGGCUGACGAGCACCAUGGGCGGGAUCAGCUGCUGCUGCUAUAAAUAGGGCUGGUGAGCUGCCCCGGCGAGACAAACCGAAAGUUGAACCUCGGAGCGUGGAGGAGAAGCGUGGUCUGGCGUGGGGCAAGCGACGGGGAGGAGGACAAGUGCUGCGGGUGUCCUGUGCUGGGAGCUCCAUGGCAUGUGCAUGAUGGCAACACAGCGCCUGUAGGGCUCCGGCACAACCAGGACGUGAAGCACAGCGCUGGGGCAGGCUGAUACGGGCUCCCCAGGAGGCUCCGGGCGAUGGCAGGAGCCCAGGUGGGGCUCCCGGGACCUUUCCCGGAGCCCCAAGUUGGGCCAUGCCCUGUUUCUGACUCUGACUCAGACUCCGAGGAUGCAGCUGUGGGCGGCACAGGACCCGAAACCGGGGUGCAGAACCCCUCCCAGGUCAUCCACAGUGGCCACUUCAUGGUGUCAUCCCCGCACAGCGACUUGCUGCCCCGCCGGCGCCACCACGGCACUGAGCCCGAACCGGCCGAUCCCCGGAGCAUCGACCCGACCCUUACCCGGCUCUUCGAGUGCAUGAGCCUGGAGUACAGUGGGAAGCUGGUGUCUCCAAAGUGGAAGAAUUUCAAGGGGCUGCGGCUGCUUUGCCGUGAAAAAAUCCGCCUCAACAACGCAAUCUGGAGAGCGUGGUACAUCCAGUAUGUGGAGCGGAGGAAGAACCCCGUGUGUGGCUUCAUCACCCCGCUGGAGGGGUCGGAGGCUGAUGAGCACCGAAAACCAGAGGCUGUUGUGUUGGAGGGCAACUAUUGGAAACGCCGCAUCGAGGUGGUGAUGAGGGAGUACCACAAGUGGAGGAUCUACUACAAGAAGCGGCUUCGCAAGUCCACCCGGGAGGGAGAGCUCUCCAGUCCAAAGCAGGAUGAGGAUGUCUGGAAGCCAACAGAGAAAUGGUGCAACCAGCUUUUCUGCAAUGUGGUGCCCAUGCUGCUGGGGGAUGAGGAAGAGGAGCCGGGGGGUAGGCAGCACUUCGACUUGGACACCUUCCUCUCGGACAUCUCUGAUACCCUCUUCACCAUGACACAGAUGCCCAGCGGCCACCAGGAACUCCCAGAAGAUGCAUACAUUGGGAAUGCUGACAUGAUACAGCCAGACUUGGCACCCCUGCAGCCCAGCCUGGAUGACAUGGAGAUCUCAGAUAUUUUCACCAGCUACCGGCCAGUACCACCGCAGAUGCAACCAGGCUACCAGGAGCUGCCCUGCUUUGUGCCUAUGGCUGAGACCCAGUUUGGCACCGGGGGGCCCCUGAUGGGUGCCCGGGAUCUCCCCACCAGCCCUGACGCCCCGCUCGCACCCAGCACCCUCCUCCAGGUGAGCGGGACCCUGGCCCAUGGCCUGUGGCUGCCAGCGGCCCAGCCACCCACCCUGACCCCCCUGUGUCUCCCACAGCCCAGCGGUGCCUCCCAGCUUGGCCUGCAUGGAGCCUUCCUGGCCCCUGAGCUCCCCCCAGCCCCACUGCCCCCUGAGCCCCCCGCUGCAGCACCCAGCCUCAGCCCCCCACUCCCACACAAGCCCCUGCUGCAGUAUGGCAUCCCUGGCAAGCGCCUCGGCCUGGAGCCACCGGAGACCCCCUAUGCAUCCCCCGGGGUGCCACUGCUGGACCCGGACCCCCUGUUCUCCCCUGCCCCAGUUCCUCCCUCCAAGUGGGGUUCACCUGUCCCCUCGCUCCUCACCCACACUGCCUCCCCGCUCUCAGCGCCCUGCUUGCCCCCCCACACCCCAGGGCUGGGCUAUGGGGUGGGCAUGGUGCCCCCGGGGUACCCCAGCCUGGCUGCCCCCCAGCUCCUGUCCCCCGCCCUGCUGGGCGACCCCAGGUUUGCCCCCACCAAGGGGCAGCCCCGGGGCGGGAGCGGGCGGCCGAAGGCGAAGUCCAGCAACACCAAGGCGAAGAGGCUGCCGGGACCCCCCGCGCUGCCCCCCCGGGCUGUGCCCACCACCUGCCUGAGCCAGCUACUGACCACAGCCAAGCAGGAGCUGGCCUUGGAUGCCCCACACCCGAUGGGUGCAGGACUCAUGCCCGCGUCCCCUGUGUCCCCGCAGAGCGCUGUCCCCGAUGUCCCUGCCGCCUUCCUCUCCAGGAUGGCUCAGCUGAGCCCAGGACUGGCUCCUGGUUCCAGCCCUUCCCAAACGGUGCCGGUACCGGUGCCGCUGAUGGGUACCCAGCCAGGCCCACUGCUGGUCCCCAAGGCGGAGCGGCUCUCCCCCACAUCGGUUUGCGGCAGUGACUGGCCCAAGCCCGGCCAGGCUUCCCCGGGUCCCGCUGUGGGGCGGGGUGCUGGCAUCUCUCUGCACCACCCCGCGCCCCGGCGGGGCAGGCCUGAGUCCAGCAAGAUGGAGAGCCGGCGCAUCACCCACAUCUCCGCCGAGCAGAAGAGACGCUUCAACAUCAAGCUGGGCUUCGACACACUGCACAGCCUGGUGAGCACGCUGAGCGCCCAGCCCAGCAUCAAGGUCAGUAAGGCCACCACCCUGCAGAAGACAGUGGAGUACAUCUGCAAGCUGCAGCACGAGCGGGCGGCUCUGCAGGACGAGGCGCAGCGGCUGCGGGAGCAGAUCGAGGAGCUCAACAGCUCCAUCAACCUGUGCCAGGAGCAGCUGCCAGCCACGGGGGUGCCCAUCACGCGCCAGCGCUUCGACCAGAUGCGCAGCAUGUUCGACGAGUACGUCCGCUCUUCCACGCUGCAGAACUGGAAGUUCUGGAUUUUCAGCGUCAUCAUCCGGCCCCUCUUUGAGUCCUUCAAUGGCAUGGUCUCCACAGCCAGCAUGGACAGCCUCACCCAGACGUCCCUCGCCUGGCUGGACCAGCACUGCUCCCUCCCUGCGCUUCGGCCAACCGUCCUGAGCUCCCUGCGGCAGCUGAGCAUCUCCACCUCCAUCCUGAGCGACCCGGCCAGCGUCCCCGAGCAGGCGACCCGGGCGGCGGGGGCGCUGGGCCGCGGCGGCGCCUCCUCGUAGCGGCCCCGCGGGCUCCCUGUCGCCGCCACGGCCCCGGAGCCGGACAAACACCCAACGCCAGCGCGGAGCCGCCACGGCCGGAGCCCGGGACAGCGCUAGCUGGGGCAGCUCGGGGCCGCGGGGCUGCUCCCGCCACCGGCUCGGAGAGUCCCGGCCCGCGGCUGCUGCCCCUGCCCCGCGUCCCCGGGCCGGCUGGGCCCCGGAGAGACCGCGCAGCGUGGGGGGAGGGAGGGCAGCGCUGCCCCGGCCCGGGCAGCUGGCAGUGCGGCUCUGCCGCGCCGCCUGGUAAAGGCCUCGCUCUGCCCACACGCCUUUGCGUGGUUCUU